AUGUGGAACAAUGCUGAAGUUGCACUAAAUUCCUCUGGUAUGAUUACAAAUAUAUUUCUUCUGUCAAAUAACAAACAGUUUGAAAUAGAAAAAGAACAAUCAGUAACUUUGUUUGGCGUAGAAAUUCACCGAAAACAUUUUUCAGGAGCUUACAAAAACGCGCUUAAAAAUAGUAAAACUUGUCUGAAACUAGAAAUGGAAAAUAUUAUUUGA